AAAAAAAAUCCCCGCGUUUUCAAAAGUAACCGGGCUAAGCGUCUGGCAUUUUGAAGUCAAAUUCUUGGCCUUUUCGCCCUUUCCGUUGGGCAGGACCUCUCUGGGAUUUCGUCACCAGCUGCAUUCGAUUCCAAGCUUCCCACCGAUACUCCCCCGCGAAAAGCAAAUUCAUAUCUCCCAUUUCCCAUUCCCCUGCAACCAAGCAAACGAAGAAGAAAAGAGUAAAAAACAGACGGCAUCGCCUACUAUAAUUUCAUGGGGUUCUCAUCGCCAUCGUUGUCGUCCUCGUCGAUCCGUCUGACUCCUUCAGAACCCCCCUGCCUGUACACUAACGCCAAAGGAACCAAAUUUCGCUAUCUAAUCUCGAUGGCCAUGCCUCACAACCCUAGUCUUUGUUCCCAGCUUUCUUCGGCAGCAUCUUUUGGUGGAGAUUCUAGGAUUUAUCGCAGAAGGACCACCGGCCUUCAACUCAACCCCCUAAGAAAACCGAAUUUUAGAGUUUAUGCUUCAAAGGAGGAGUUCCAUUUUACUCACAAGAAUCAAGGAAUUAUUGUUGGCUCUGCAAUUACAGUCGUUCUAGCAGUUGCAAAUCGGGUACUUUAUAAACUUGCUCUUGUUCCCAUGAAACAGUACCCGUUCUUCCUAGCUCAGGUCACGACGUUCGGGUAUGUGGCGAUUUACUUUUCUAUCUUGUUUGCCCGAUAUCGUGCUGGAAUUGUAACUGAUGAAAUGCUAGCUCUUCCAAAAUCUCGAUUUAUGAUUAUUGGUAUUUUAGAAGCACUUGGAGUUGCUGCUGGGAUGGCUUCUGGAGCUAUGCUUCCAGGACCAGCUAUACCCAUAUUGAAUCAGACAUUUUUGGUGUGGCAGCUGAUACUAUCGACCUUGAUUUUAGGGAGAAAGUACUCAUUUAAUCAAAUUAUCGGCUGCUUACUUGUAGCUGCUGGUGUAGUUCUAGCGGUAGCAAGUGGGUCUAAUGAAGGUCAAAUGCUAUCAGAAGUUGACAUGAUAUGGCCAGCACUAAUGGUAGCUUCAUCUGCAUUUCAAGCCGGUGCAUCUAUUAUUAAGGAGUUUGUGUUCAUUGAUGCUGCAAGGCGCCUUAAGGGAAAACCACUUGACAUAUUUGUAGUCAAUUCAUUUGGUUCUGGGUUCCAGGCUCUUUUUGUACUUCUUUUUCUGCCUUUGCUGUCAAACUUGAAAGGUAUAUCAUUUGCUGAGCUCCCUUCCUACCUGAAAAGUGGUGCUGCUUGCUUUCUGAACAUUGGUGCCAAUACAACAGGUUGUGAAGGAGCUCCAUUACUACCUCUGCUUUUCAUAUCCAUUAAUAUGGCCUUCAACAUAUCUGUGCUCAGUCUGGUAAAGAUUUCUUCUGCGGUGGUUUCAUCCCUUGCAACAACAUUAGCAGUGCCACUUUCUAUUUAUAUUCUGAGCCUUAAAUUGCCUUACAUCCCUGAAAGUUCAAGCUUGAGCCCUUUUUUCCUGCUUGGUAGCCUGGUUCUUGUUUUAGGUCUACUUCUAUAUAACCUACCUCAGUCUGCCAAGCAGGGAUCUGAAAAUAUUUGAUCCUAAUAUUGAAUUGAAAAAAUAAAAAACAGAUAGAAUUUCACAUAUUCCUCUUGCAAUGGUUCGUCGACGGCAUAGUUGGAACAAGUCUUAGAUGAUGAUGAUGACCCUUGUUAUAGUUCCAUGAGAACACUGCUAUUUUAACAUGUUUAUCCCCAUUGAUUUUGUAAUUGUAUCACACAACCAAUUGUAUUUGGUAUUUCUAUUUUAUUGUACAGAAAAUCUGAGGUCUACUGCCUACGUUGCUUUCAA